UGUUGCUGUGGUAACGGGCGGCAGUGAGUGUGAGGGACAGGGGAGAGACAUAGAGGGAAAAAUACGGAUAGAGGGUGGUAGGGAUACACCGGGAGCUGAGUGUAUGCUGUUAUCUGACACAUUCCAACGGUAGGGAUCGCGGUAUGGAGAUUACUUGCUCCACCAUAAAUGCCCAUGGCUGGAUACUAAAUCUGUGGUAAUGAAAUGGAAUCAUUGCUCUUCACGGAUUUUAACGUGUUGAUUUUCCCAGACUUGAAGUUUGGGGAUCUAUCAACAUAAAAAUAGCUAAUUAAGCCAGACUCUGGUCCUGAUCCGAACCACCAAUUUAUCAAUCAGAAGCAGAAUGAGACAACAUCCAAUAGCCAGUGCUCAUUGAUCUGAUCUUGCAUGGGACGCAGCAUACCAUUGUACAUCCUGAAAUAUCUCAAAAUGAUGCAGGGGACAACCCUUAAUAUUAUGAAAAGGCAGAUCUUCCCAGAAUUAAAACAAAUUGCUCAGUGGUUAGAACUCCUUUGGGUUUGAACACUGUGUAGUGUUGGUGUAUCACAGAUGGACUCAAAACUGUUAAAAUGUCGUCAGAAUCUGAAGUACACCAGACAGAGCUAUUGAAUGAACAGCAUGUAACAAAGUCUGAAAGUAGUUCCAUGUGGCAAGUGACCGACAUGACCCGUCUGCGCCGAUUUCUCUGUUUUGGUUCUGAGGGUGGGACGUACUACAGCAGUGAGGAAAAACUUAAGAAAGAAAAUGCUCAGGCCAUAAUGAGAUUAAUAGAAGAAGGUAAAGGAACUGAGGUUGUCCAUGAAAUAAAGACUUUUGGUAACGAAGGCAAAACAGUCACGCAAGAACCUAUUUUGUUUGCUUUGGCUGUUUGCACACAGUGCUCAGAUGCUUCCACAAAACAAGCUGCAUACAAAGUUCUGGCUGAAAUCUGUCGCAUUCCAACCCAUCUAUUCACGUAUAUUCAGUUUAGAAAGGAUCUCAGUGGAGGGAUGAAAUGUGGUAUAUGGGGAAGAGCCCUGAGGAAAGCAGUGGCAAACUGGUACAACAGUAAAGAUGGGAUGACUAUCGCUAUGGCAGUUACGAAAUGUAAGCGGAGAACAGGAUGGUCACAUAAAGACUUGCUUCGGUUGUCACAUUUGAAGCCAGCUAAUGAAGAUCUCACUUUGGUCACUAAGUAUAUUAUGAAAGGUUGGAAGGAGGUAGAAGAAACCUACAAGGAUAAAGACAACUCUGAUGGAAUCCAGCGGUUAUUGAAGUACUUCGAAGUUUUGGAGAGAGUAAAAAUUACCCGAGAUGAGCAUGAAGUUGCUCGACUUAUUGAAGAGUACAGGUUGGUCAGGGAACACCUACUGACUAAUCAUCUGAAGUCACAGGAGGUGUGGAGGGCAUUAUUGAAGGAUAUGCCAGUUAUUACAAUGCUUAAAAAUUUGGGAAAAAUGACUACAGACUCUAUUCUUAAACCAGAAAGUGGAGAGGUUACCGUGGUGUGUGAAAGAUUGAACAAUGAUACUAUCUUAAAGAAGGCUGGAAUCCAUCCAUUUCACAUUUUGGUGGCUCUAGAAACAUACAAGGGAGGAAAAGGAAACCGAGGAAAGCUAAAGUGGCAUCCUGAUCCAGAAAUUUUAUUAGCUCUUGAUAAAGCAUUUUAUAAAGCUUUCAAGAAUGUGGAACCAACUGGAAGGCGAUUUGUUUUGGCCUUAGAUGUCAGCACUUCCAUGUGCACUCAGGUUCUAGGAUGCAGAGCACUUUAUGCUUAUAGUGUUGCUGCAGCUAUGGCAAUGGUAGUUGCACGCACAGAGACCAAUUUUACAAUAGUUGCUUUCUCUGAUGAAAUUGUUCCAUUACACAUCACUUCAGAAAUGACAAUGGAUGAAGUAUUUACUGCCAUGCGUGCGGUUCCCUUUGGUGCCACGGACUGUGCUCUCCCCAUGUUAUGGGCUAAUAAGACAAAAACUGUUGCAGACGUGUUCCUUGUCUUUACUGAUAAUGAGACAUAUUAUGGAAAUACGCAUCCAGUAGAUGCUUUAAGAGAAUACAGAAAGAACAUGGGCCUUCCUGCCAAAUUGAUUGUCUGUGGAUUGGCUUCUAAUGGUUUCACCAUUGCCGACCCGGACGACAAAGGCAUGCUGGAUAUUUGUGGCUUUGACUCUGGGGCUCUGGACGUCAUUCAAAACUUUGCAUUGGAUUUGAUUUAAAUAUUGGAAGAAAUCAUUGAAUUAUUUAGUCAGAAAGUAAUUACUCAUCAGGUUUCUAGGACUGCAUAAAUGAAACACACACGUUAUGGAUUGCUAAGUUCUUGGUAGAGUGCCUGUUUGAAUUAACAAGACACUAUAAAUGGCAUGAUCUGUAAUUGGAUUUCAAGAAUGUUCUGCCACAGCAAAUUGUUUUAAUUAUAGUUUGCUUUUGGCUGUCUGCUGUGGAAGCAUUUAUAAUCUCAACGAGAAACAUCUAAGUAGAGCAGCAACCGAAGUUGUGCUCUUUUCGUUUUCAUUCAAUGGGUUUACAUGAGACCAUACUGACAGUAAAUAGAUUAUAUAAAAUAGUGGAGAACUAUUUUUUGAAUUAUAAUCUUUUACUGUGAACAAGUUGACAAGAGUUGAGAUGUUAUAAUCAUGGAGAUGGAUUUGGAUCAAGUUUUUGAGAAGAAUUAGGUCACAAGAAUAUUCUGAGACGAAAUAUUUCUGAUACAUUGUACUCUGUAGUUCUUUUAAUAGCAGUUACAUGAAAAGAAUCUAUAAAGGAUGAAAUGGGCAUUAAAGCCAGGGUGAGAAUAUAGUAAAUUAGAGUUUAUUAUAGGUGGAUUGUGAUAAAUAAAUUAGACUAUAAAUGGUAAACCUAUGUGUAAGUAUGCUACUACUUUUCCAAGUUGCUAUUAUUCAGCUGUCAGAUGGUUUUAAAGGACAGCCGUGAGUGUCAUAUCCACAAAAAUAAAUUCUCCUUAACACUCACCAGCAAUUUCUUUUCAUAUAUAUCUUAGACUUUAGUAGCUGCUGUCAGUGAGGGUUUGGCAAAAAUCAAGUUGGAGAUAUAUUGAAAAUUAAGGUAACUCAAUGAGAUGAAGUUAACAAUAAAAUAUCAUUUUGCAGGAAGUAGUGUCAUUUCAGUUUCAUGAUAGUUCACUUUAAUGACUGAUGCGUUCUCAUCUAUCUCACGUAUUAAUAAUAAUCUAGAUGGUUUUAACUGUGGAAUCCAUAGCAAACAAUGAAUUUAAGCCAGAGUAUUAGUCAUGCAGGUAACUUUGCUGUUCUGAUUCAGCCUUUUGGAUUUUGAGGGUUCAAUGCAACGUGAUCUUAAUUGAAAAUAAUAUCUAUGUCAACAGUUAGAAAUUAUCCCUGGGCUAAUGCUUCAGAAAUCUUUGGUUGUGAAGAAUCCAAUAUUUGCCAGCUGAAAUGACCUUUAUGAUUUAUGAGUGUAAGUGUGUACUUGAUGUGACGUCGAACUCCAAACCUUGCUACAGUGGUGUGUUUUUGAAAGAACAAAAUGCAAUAUUACAUUGUUUUACAUGUAAAGCAGAGGCACUGGGGGCUUGUAUGAAGAUGCUAAAAUAUCUGUAAAAUAAAAGUUGGGUUGGGAAAGCAUUAAAUGUUUCAGCAGAAUAAUCUUUUGAUAAAUCAAAACAAUCAAACCCUGAAAAUAUUGUUAAAUUUGAUUAUUUUCAAACUAGAAUCUUGUGGAAUGUUCCAUUAGGUUAUAAGCACCAUUCUUUUGGGAACUUCUUUAAAUGAUACUUUUCUUCUCCUUCUCUCCUAAAAUCAGUUCCUCUUGUAUGUUCCCUCCAAUUCCCUCCAGUACUGGAACAAAGGGAUAUUAGUUAUAUGUACAUCUGGAAAAUGUGCGUAUUCUGAUUGUUUUGUCGGGGACUUUACAGGCAAGCUUGAUUGCCAUGCCAAUUUGAUGUCUCUAUGCAUGUAUAACACUAGCAAAGGCUACCAAGCAGCACCCUUACAGUCCUAGCUAAACCAAUAAGACUAUAGACCAAGCCUUCUAUUUCCUAUUCUGUAUAAAACCCAUGGCGACGUUGUUCCAGCCUGCUUUUGUGACUAUCGAUGAAGCUAAUGGGUAAAGAAAUGGUUAAAAUGCAUACAGCACAAACUGGUAAUAUUGUUAUGGUUACAUUUCAAAUAUUGUUGUCUCAGCCUUGUACGUUUUCAUCCAAUUGUUCAAAACACUUGAUAUAGCAGUGGAGGUUGUGUGGAUAGAUGAUCUGGAAGUUUUAUGUGGAGUCACUGACUUAGUUGCCACAUGUUUUGCAGGUAGGAGUAAUUACCAAUAGUUAAUAGCCCAGCUGGUUGUCAUUAACACAUGAAAGAUGGCUUGAAGCAUUCUGUAUUUUUGUGUACUUGCUGCUUUUUGCAUGAUACAUGGUUGGUAGAAAUCACACUGAAAGGCAUGGUAACCAAUUCAGCCAGCUGUUUGAUUUAGAUCCAUCAGAACAAAUGAUACUAUCCACGAGUGAUGUUGGUAAAGAAGUGGGAAUGUGGUCAGACCUCUUACUUGUCACUACCUGACAAAAUCUGCCUGAGUACAUGCCUCCAAAGAAAAAUGACACAACAACAUGUUAAGAUGUCAUUUAACAGAUUGGGUCCAAAGCAUUGCAUUGGAGCAGGUAGACCCUUGAAGAUCUAGUGAAAAUUGUGCUGAGGAAAUGUAAAAAGUGAGCGACUAUUGGAAUAAAGAACUUCAUAAUUUAAGCCUUGAAAGAUGACCAAGUACUGUCAUGGUAUUUUAGAAUAAAACUGCAACUGGAUUUCAUUGCACAACUGACAUGAAAUAAUUAGAUAGAAAAUGACUGAGAAAUUACUGGGUUUAAAAGCCAAUAAUAUUCCCCAGACACGCAGGGCUCUUGGGAGUUUUAAGUGUCUGCAGAGAUGGUGAUAUGUUAGUUUUGAUCUUCCAAAAGUCCCCGAAAGGUAGAAGCAGUCCCUGUGGUUUGGAAGGUAGAAAAUGUUAACUUCUCUAUCCAAGCAAGGAAAAAUAGAAAAAAUGUGAAAUUGUAGGUCAGUCAACCUGAUACAAUUUCUGUAGAAAAUGCUACAAUAUAGUAUUAGAGAUGUGCUAAUGGACAUUUGUAAGAUCACAGAGUGAAACCUGGCUUUUGGAAACAGUAAUCCUUUUUCCUUUCAUGGGAUGCGGGCAUCAUUGGCAAGGUCAGUAUGUGUUAGUGAUUUCUAAUUGCCCUUGAACUGAGUGGCUUGCUAGGUCAUUUCAGGCAGCAGUUAAGAGUCAAUUAUAUUGCAUUGUGUCGGGAUACGCGUGUAGGUCACAUUGGGUGACAAUUUCCUUUCCUACAGAGUGAAUGGAAUCUAUGAUUCUGUAAGUGAACCUUAAGUCAUGGUUGAAAUUGCUGAGAUUAGCUUUAUAUUUCAGAUGUAUUCAUUGAAGUUUGAUUCCACCAGCUGCAGUUGUGAUAUUUGAACCUGUGUUCCCAGAAAAUUAGCUGAACCCUCUAGAUUACCUGUCUAUCAACAUUGCUGCUACAUUACUUCCUCAUCUUAUUGCGUUUUACAACUCUGUUAGAGGUUUUGAAAGAUAACUAGCAACAUUGCUAAAGAAGCCAGUGGAUGUAGGAUAGAGAUUUUGAUGAAGCAGUUAUUAAAGUACUGUCACAAAAACAGUUGUUAGAAAUGAUUGCUGUUGGGGAAUUAGGAUUCAUAAAAUAAGAUAAAUUAGUAGAUAGAAAAUCGAGAUGGGCCUAUACAGUGUGUCAACCCAUAAGAUGCUGCAAGGACCAGUGCUUAGGCUUUAGCUGUUUACAAUCAGCAUCAGUGACUCAAAUGAGUGGAUCAAGUGUAAGAUAAGUUAGUUGAAAUAAAAAGCAGGUGGGGGGUAAGCUUCUUAACUUUUUACUUGAGAUGCAAGGAUGAUGCAAAAGGAAUUCAACUACUAAAUAUGUAAGAAAGUGGUAGAUGGAGGAUAAUGUUCUACUUUGUAUCUACUUUGGUAGGACGAGCAGAGAAGCAAAGUAUCUUUUUAAAUGUGAGACUAGUAAAUGUUGAUGGUCAGAGGAAUUUGAGUGUCACAAAGUGAAAUGCAGGAACAAGAAGAAAUUAGAAAGGCAAAUGGUAUGUACAGGUGUAAUACAUUUAUGCAGAUAUUAUACAUGCUUUAGAGAGACUCUACCUGAAGCAUUGGGUACGGUUUUGGUCUUGCCUAAAGAAGAAUUAUUCUCCUCUCAGAGGGAGAACAAUGAACAUUCAUUAGUUUAAUUUUUGAGAUGAGAGGGCUGUCCUUUGUGGAGCAAUUGAGCAGACUGGGCCUUUAUUCUCUGAAGUUUGGAAAAAUGAGAAGUGUUUUGAAAAUGAAAUUGUUCAAAACACGUAGAGGGCUUAACAAGAUAGAUUCUGAUUUAGCUGGAGAAUCUAAAACUGGGGUUCAUGAUCUCAGGAUAAGUGUUUGGCCAUUUAGGAUUGAAAUGAUUAGACAUGUAUUCUUUUAUAAUACGACGAAGAUUGAGAAAUGUCUAGCUGAGAGACCUGUUAGAUGUUCUGAUGAUGAAUGUUUACGAAACUGGAGAAUGAUAGGUUUUUGAAAGGGAUCAAGGGGACUAGUGAGAUAAUGAAGUUGAUGUAACGUUCAGCCAUUAUCUUAUUGAACGAUGGGGCUAACUCAAGUGGCUUUAUGGCCUGCUGUUUUUGGAGUUAUCGUUAUCAUUAGCAUUAGCCAAAUUAAAAUCUGUCUCAGUAAAGUGAAUUAGUGAGGGACAUAAUUAGAAGUACUUGCAUGCUGGUUGAUCAGAAAAAAUGUCCUAUUUGCAGAAUUUAAGAAAAUUUUCUGAAAAUCAACUCCAGGCAAAAGACCAUCCAGGGUCUAUGGUGCAAGGAUGUUGAUUAGGGCAGAUGUCUAAAUUACAGAGUUUCAAAGAUUUUCUUAAAAUCAAACCAACACAUGUUCAUAUUGUGUCAAUGACAGCUGCAGUAACUCAACAGUAGAAAUCUUUAUUGGUCUUGUGCUAUGGUUCAGGAGAAAAUGUUAUUACUCCAAUUUUAUUAUUAAACUGAGGAAACUGCUGCACUGGAAAAGUAAUGAAGAAAAAACAACACAGCAGCAGAGAAAGUCAGGCAUUAAUAAUAAGAAUGUUCCUGUGACUGCAUUGAACUGUCACCACCCAGCCUGAACCAAAAGAUCUCAAUAAAAUUGUUAUACAUGCUAUGAAAAGUAUACUAUGUUCUAUGCAAAUGCUCAGGUACUUGUAAUUUUAGAUACCAUGACUGUUUAAUCAAGCUCUUUACAUUCAUCUGCAAAACCAAAAUUAGACAUUUGGAGAUUUAGUUGUUUCCAAGUAAGCAACUUGCAGCAUUACAAUCUAUGUUUGAGUUUUGAUUUGACCAUUUAUGACAACAACUUGAAUUUGUGUAGCACCUUUAAGUUUAGUAAAAUAUCUCACAGGAUGCACCUCACAGGAACAUUAUCAGAACAACAGAUGCUGCAUGUAAUCUCUUGAAAGAAAAUUGAGCAUGUACGAUACAAUCUACUUUUAUACUUAAUACAACAUUUUGGAUUUUUGUCAUCUGCUUUUUGGAUUGCUCUGCUGCCUUUAUGACAACUGAUGAUCUACUUGAUUUGCACAGAAACAUAUAACAGCUUUUCCUUAGUCUUCACAUUUUUUAAAAUUUAAUAACAAUGUGCCAUCAUGGUCAACAGAUUGUGUGUGACCUUGUGAACUUCUGAGCUUGCCUACUUUUUACAGUUUUUCACUUGGUCAUUGUUUGCAGGUAUUCCUGUGCUCUUGCAUUCCAAACACUUCCUUAGGUAUACAAAUAGCCAUUUGUAAGAGUCAGAGUAUUGCUUUAAAAAUCACAUUUUCCUGAAGUGUAUAAAAUAAAAAGCUUUGACGUUUUUUUUCCAGCAAGUUUCAAAUAAUGGCUUGUUAGCUGUCUGAUUUCUGCUGAAUAAGACAAAUGAGUCGGGGGCUGGCGGGGGGAGAUCGUGGCAUCUGUGCCCGUUUUCAAAAUGAUUAGUAAGACUUUCUUUUUGGAAGUACAAACACAAGACUUUGUGCUUUUGCAAUAUUUUGAAUCUGACCAAAGUAAUAAAUAGGAUAAUAUAAUUCUUUUGUGGUUGCCACGUCUGAACAACAUAAUAUAAAAUUGCCACUGUCUGGGGAGGAGAGCUACUAUUAUUUGUGAACAAUAAGAUGCAAGUUUGUUAAUGGUUCUGCACUGACCUAUAUGUCAUCCUCAUCUAUUCUUUUGAUAUACCAGCAUAUUACUUAUACCUCAUCUUUUACAUCCUUGUGUAAAUAGCUUUGAGAGAUUGUGUGGUUUACUCAAAUCAGUUUCACAUUAGCAAGGAAAGUAACCUUUUUGUAUUUCUAGCUGAUUUAAAAGCAAGAUCAAUAGUAACCUUUUAAAUAUGACCGAUCAAGUCAUACAAUGAUUGUAGUAAAUAAUGCUGGCAUUCAGAUGGUCUUUGUAUAACAUGCAAAUUUAACUUUUAAAAUCUGUACCAUGUGGAUUGAUUAAAACAGGUAUUGCCAUUGGCAGGAUUCUCUCUACAAAACUCUAUGCAUUUUGAAUGAAAACUUCUUUAAAAAAGGGUAAAGUUGUGUCCAACUUAUUCUUGUUCAUACAAAUGUAACGUCAUACUGAACUUUGGAACUUUAUCUGUCUGUGUAUCUGAAAGCAGAAUUUACCAAGUGUCAAUUUAAAACAGGUUACUGCUGUGUCAUUUCUAGAGCUACUCUUUCCAUGGAAGUUUAUGGUUACAACUUGAAGAGGCGAUUAAUCACUAACACCACUUGUCAAAUUUAAUGUGAUGAUGCUAUAAGAAUAUGAACAUUACUGUUAACUGCCUUUAUAUCAAAUGUACACACUUUUUGUAUUCUUUAAUCCAGUUGAAAUAAAGU